AUGACGGUGAUGAUGAUAGUGACAACGCACUGUUUGAUUUUGUUCCCCAGCACCCAGCAGGAGAGCACAAAGAAGGGGAACCUGAAGCGUGAGAACAAGGCUUAUUCCUACAAAGAGCAGAUCCUGGAGCUGGAGCUGAAAGAGGAAAUCAAAAAGAAGAAAGGAAUCAAAGAGGAGCUGCAGCUGACGAGCAAACAGAAGGAGCUGAUGCAAGCGCAGCUGGAGAGAGAGUCUGCCAUCAGGAAGAAGCUGCUGGAGCUGGACCGGGAGCUGCAGUCUGCCCUGAGCCUCCUGGCUGCAGUAGUGACCAGAAAACCCUCAGGCCUGUCCCAGCACAUCCCCCUGGUCAUCCACUCCUUCCUGCCGCUCUUCAAAUCCCCGCUGGCGGCUCCCAGGAUCAAGGAGCCCUUCCUGGCUUUGGCCAACUGCGUGAUGCCUGCCGAGCUGACAAACCUAGGCUUCCUGGUAGGUCAUGUGACGCUGCGUCUGCUGCAGCCGGAGUGCGAGCUGGACGAAGCGUGGGGUCAGGAGGAGCUGGGGGCAGCCACGGUCCGAGCGGUCAGCCUGCUGCACAGCCACACGGUCCAGCACAGCAAUGUUCUGUCGGCCCCUGCCUUUGCGUUCUGCUUCCCCUUCCUGAAGACCGUGCUGACUGAGACGACCAACGACAGCGAGGAGCAGGAGGAUCUGCUGAUGCAGGCGUUGCAGGUCAUCAAUGAGCAUGCUCAGCUCCGCUCCAGCACAGCCAGCCCGGAGCAGCUCGUGGACGAGAACGGUCCGGAGCUGCUUCCGCGGGUGGACAUGCUCCUGCUGCUGACCAGACUGAUCGGGACCGGCGCACCACGACUGCAGGUCCUGGCCUCUCGCACCCUGACCUCUCUGUGUGCCAGCAGCAGUGGUGAGGAGGGCUGUGGUUACGCCGAGCAGGAGGAGAUAGAUGUGCUGCUGCAGGCUCUGCAGUCCCCGUGCUUCGCUGUGAGGGACGCUGCUCUGCGGGGGCUGCUGGAGCUGGAGAUGGUGCUGCCCACGGUGGACAGCGAUGAGAAGAAUGGGCUGAACCUCCUGCGCAGGGUCUGGGUGGGGCGCUUCGACGUGGAGGAGGAGGGCAGGGCGCUGGCAGAGAGGCUGUGGGAGACUAUGGCACUGGAGCUGGACCCUGGCCUGUGCUCCCUGCUCAUCGGGGAUGUGAUCCACCACGAGGAGGCCGUGCGGCAGGCUGGGGCCGAGGCGCUCUCCAGAGCCGUGGCUCAGUACAGCAGGCAGGCAGCCCAGGUCCUGGGCAAGCUGAUGGAGAUCUACCAGGAGAAGCUCUACAGGCCUCCGCCUGUACUGGACGCUCUGGGUCGAGUGAUAUCUGAAGCCCCUCCGGACCAGUGGGAGGCCAGGUGUGGGAUCGCGCUGGCCCUGAACAAGCUCUCCCAGUACCUCGACGGCUCCCAGGUCACCCCCCUCUUCCAGUUCUUUGUCCCUGAAGCCCUCAAUGACCGCCAUGCUGAGGUCAGGAAGUGCAUGCUGGACGCAGCCCUGUCUGCUCUCAACACUCACGGGAAGGACAACGUGAGCUCCCUGCUGCCCGUCUUUGAGGAGUUCCUGAAGAAUGCUCCGCAGGACGCGAGCUACGACUCUGUCCGGCAGAGUGUGGUCAUCCUCAUGGGCUCUCUGGCCAAGCAUCUGGACAAGAGCGACCCCAAAGUGAAACCCAUUGUGGCCAAGCUUAUCACCGCGCUGUGCACUCCCUCCCAGCAGGUCCAGGAAUCGGUGGCUGGCUGCCUGCCCCCCCUGGUCCCUGCUAUCAGGGAGGAUGCGGGCGGGAUGGUUCAGAAGCUGCUGCAGCUUCUGCUGGAGUCUGAUAAGUACGCAGAGAGGAAGGGGGCUGCGUACGGACUGGCUGGGCUGGUGAAGGGACUGGGGAUCCUGUCCCUCAAGCAGCUGGAGAUCAUGGCCACCCUGACCGACGGCAUCCAGGACAAGAAGAACUUCCGGCGUCGGGAAGGAGCCCUGUUUGCCUUCGAGAUGCUCUGCAACAUGCUGGGGAAGCUCUUCGAACCCUACGUGGUGCACGUCCUGCCCCACCUGCUGCUCUGCUUCGGGGACGGGAACCAGUACGUCCGAGAGGCUGCUGAUGACUGUGCCAAGGCGGUGAUGAGGAACCUGAGUGCCCACGGCGUGAAGCUGGUCCUGCCCUCCCUCCUGCUGGCUCUGGAGGAGGAGUCCUGGAGAACCAAAGCAGGCUCUGUGGAGCUCCUCGGUGCCAUGGCGUUCUGCGCUCCCAAGCAGCUCUCCUCCUGCCUGCCCAACAUCGUGCCCAAGCUCACCGAGGUGCUCACAGACUCCCACGUCAAGGUGCAGAAGGCUGGGCAGCAGGCCCUGCGGCUGAUCGGCUCCGUCAUCCGCAACCCGGAGAUCCUGGCUAUCACCCCGAUCCUGCUCGACGCCCUGACGGACCCCUCCAGGAAGACACACAAGUGCCUGCAGACGCUGCUGGACACCAAGUUCGUUCACUUCAUCGACGCCCCCUCGCUGGCUCUCAUCAUGCCCAUCGUGCAGCGCGCGUUCCAGGACCGCUCCACCGACACGCGCAAGAUGGCAGCGCAGAUCAUUGGCAACAUGUACUCCCUCACCGACCAGAAGGACCUGUCUCCUUACCUGCCCAGCGUAAUACCAGGACUGAAGGCCUCCCUGUUGGAUCCUGUACCCGAGGUGCGGACGGUGUCUGCCAAGGCGCUGGGUGCCAUGGUGAAGGGGAUGGGCGAGUCCUGCUUCGACGACCUCCUGCCCUGGCUCAUGGAGACCUUGGCCUCGGAGCAGAGCUCAGUGGACCGAUCUGGGGCAGCGCAAGGUCUGGCCGAGGUGAUGGCUGGCCUGGGCGUGGAGAAGCUGGACAAGCUCAUGCCGGACGUGGUUGCGACGGCCAGCAAGGUGGACAUCGCCUCUCACGUGCGCGAUGGCUACAUCAUGAUGUUCAUCUACCUGCCCCUCACCUUUGGGGACAAAUUCACCCCCUACGUCGGACCCAUCAUCCCCUGCAUUCUCAAGGCUCUGGCCGAUGAGAACGAGUACGUGCGUGACACGGCUCUGCGGGCGGGGCAGAGGAUCAUCAGCAUGUACGCAGAGACCGCCAUCGCCUUGCUGCUGCCGGAGCUGGAGCAGGGACUGUUCGAUGACCUGUGGAGGAUCAGGUUCAGCUCCGUGCAGUUGCUAGGCGACCUGCUGUUCCACAUUUCGGGCGUGUCAGGUAAGAUGACGACUGAGACCGCCUCCGAGGACGACAACUUUGGCACAGCGCAGUCGAACAAGGCGAUCAUCGGUGCCCUCGGUGACGUGAGGAGGAACAACGUGCUGGCCGGUCUCUACAUGGGCCGCUCGGACACUCAGCUGGUGGUGCGGCAGGCGUCCCUCCACGUGUGGAAGAUCGUGGUGUCGAACACGCCCCGCACGCUGCGGGAGAUCCUGCCCACGCUCUUCAGCCUGCUCCUGGGCUUCCUGGCCAGCACCUGCCCUGAUAAGAGAACGAUUGCUGCCCGGACUCUGGGGGACCUGGUGCGCAAGCUGGGUGAGAAAAUUCUCCCUGAGAUCAUCCCGAUCCUGGAGGAGGGGCUGCGCUCGGAGAAGAGUGACCAGAGGCAAGGGGUCUGCAUCGGCCUGAGCGAGAUCAUGAAGUCAACCAGCAAGGACGCGGUGCUGGUGUUCUCAGAGUCCCUGGUCCCCACGGUGCGGAAGGCUCUGUGUGACCCCCUGGAGGAGGUGCGGGAGGCGGCCGGCAAGACCUUCGAGCAGCUGCACUGCACCAUCGGAUACCAGGCGCUGGACGACAUCCUGCCCGCCCUGCUGGAGCAGCUGGAUGAUGAGAACACCUCUGAGUUUGCCCUGGAUGGGUUGAAGCAGGUGAUGGCUGUGAAGAGUCGAUCAGUGCUGCCUUACCUCGUGCCAAAGCUCACGGCUCCUCCGGUAAACACCCGUGUCCUUGCGUUCCUGUCGGCUGUGGCUGGCGAUGCUCUGACCCGCCACCUCGCUGUCAUCCUGCCCGCUCUGAUGUCUGCACUGAAGGAGAAGCUCGGGGCAGAGGAGGUAGAGCAGGAGCUGGCGAGCUGCCAGGCGGUGAUCCUGUCUGUGGAGGACGAGGUGGGCCAGCGCAUCAUCAUCGAGGACCUCCUGGAGGCCAGCCACAGCGCCGACAUGGGCAUGAGGAGAGCGGCCGCCACCCUCCUCAACGGCUACGUCAGCAAGACCAAGGCUGACUACAGCGCCCACACCCGGAGCCUGGUGUCCGGCCUGGUCCGACUCUUCAACGACAGGGACGCUGUGGUGCUGAACGAGAGCUGGGACGCGCUGAGCAGCAUCACCAAGAAACUUGACGCUGGGAGCCAGCUGGCGCUGAUCGAUGACCUGCACAGGGAUAUUCGCACGGCAGGGAAUGAAGCCAAGGGGGAGACCCUGCCAGGGUUCUGCCUGCCCAAGAAGGGUGUGACCUCCAUCCUGCCGGUGCUGCGUGAGGGGGUGCUGACAGGCAGUCCGGAGCAGAAGGAGGAAGCAGCCAAGGCCCUGGGGCUGGUCAUCAAGCUGACCUCCGCUGAGGCGCUGCGGCCCUCCGUGGUCAACAUCACCGGACCCCUCAUCCGCAUCUUGGGAGAUCGAUUCAGUUGGAACGUCAAGGUGGCGCUGCUGGAGACCCUCACCCUGCUGCUUGCCAAGGUUGGCAUCUUCCUCAAGCCCUUCCUGCCGCAGCUCCAGACCACCUUCCUGAAGGCCCUGCAGGACUCGAACCGCUCGGUGAGGCUGCGAGCCGCCCAGGCGCUGGGGAAGCUCAUCGCCAUCCACACCAAGGUGGACCCCCUGUUCACAGAGCAGCUCAACGGGAUCCGCUCGGCCGAGGACCCCGGGGUCAGGGAGACCAUGCUGCAGGCUCUGCGUUUUGUUAUCCAGGGGGCCGGGGGUAAGGUGGACCCUGCAAUCCGGAGGAGCAUCACCACCACUCUGCUGAGCAUGCUGGGUCACGAUGAGGAUGCCAUGCGCAUGGCCUCAGCGGGCUGCCUGGGAGAGCUGUGCGCUUUCCUGCCGGAGGACGAGCUGCAGACUGUCCUGCAGCAGCACAUACUGGCGGACGUGUCUGGUAUUGAUUGGAUGGUGAGACAUGGGCGGAGUGUGGCUCUCUCUAUUGCGAUGAAGGCAGCUCCCAGCAAGCUUUGCAGCGAGGAGUACAGCGCGGAGGUGGUUGACAUGAUCUUGAGCAAUGCCGCUGCGGACCGGAUCCCCAUUGCCACGAGUGGGAUCAGAGCCGUGGGCUUUCUAAUGAGGCACCAGAUUGAAAGCGAGGGAGGGAGUGUUCCUGCCAAGGUCUCCACGCAUCUUGUAAAGUGUCUCCAGAAUCCAUCGAGUGACAUCAAGCUGGUGGCGGAGAAGAUGGUAUGGUGGAUGAAUAAGGAGCCCACCCCCCCCAUGACCCCCGUGCUGAUCAAACCCAUCCUGAAAGCCCUGCUGGACAACACCAAGGACAAGAACACCAGCGUGCGGGCCUACGCUGACCAGGCCAUCGUCAACCUGCUGAAGAUGAGGGAGGGAGGCGCCGUCUCUCAGAGCGUGUCUGCGAUUCUGGACACUGCCAGCAGUGAGCUGCUGACCGAAGCGUGCCGGAGAUCUCUGACGAAGAUCGCGAGCCAGGUGGACUCCGGCGAGCAGAUCGAUGACACCAUCCUCACGUGAUCUCCACAGAGCCGGGGGCAGCUGACACAACCAGCCCUGUGUCGGCAUUUUCACCUGGGAGGAGGGGGCUGCACUGGGCGUCCAGCUACUACAUUACAGCAAGAAAGUGUUGAGGCUGAAACUCAAAAAUAUUAUUAUAGAAAAUAAAAAAGUGAAAGGCAUUAUUUUCCCAGCUUGUGUUAAAUAUUUGAACACCCCGAAACAACAUUUGCCAAAAGUAAACAUUUGUGUUAGCCAGUUCAGUGUAUUGCAACACAGUGACCGGUUCGGGUUGUGUAACACACAUGAGAUUGACCCGCUCUCUUCCACAAUACGGAGCCCUUGUGGUAUUUAAGGGGACUGUCUCUAAAUGUGCAAGCGAGGAGAGGCUUUUGCAUUAAGGUAAUGGGAUCAACUGUAAAUGUUUGCAUGAUUCAUCUUUAAUUAAAACUAAUAUAAAAUGAGCUGGACAUUUUAAGUAUAGAAUACACCCCUUGAAAGAAUGGGAAUGGUAUGCCCCUGUUCUAGAAUUCAGUGCCCCCCUCAUUCCAAUGAUGACAAAACAAUAAGACCCAAAAUGUUCGGGAGUCUGGCGUUGCUGAUUGGCCGAGAGGGACUUGGACUUAACUUUGAUCAAUAUUCUGUGAUGCUUUUGUGACUUCAGCUCCCGAGCCAAUAUAAAGCAUGGAGACGGUGGAAGAGCGGCGCUGUAGUUAACACUGGCCCUUUUCUUACACAGCGCCCCCUGCUGUGGAGGUAUUGUGUUGCUAUGCUCAGCAAACUGCUUGUGACGGUUAGAAAAGGAAAGUGUGUGAAACUGAAUUGAUAACAUAUCCUUUCGGAAAACUCGAGAAAAUCUACAACCCUAAAAUGCGGGCUGCUUAAAAAAAUAAAAUGACAGAUUUAAUAAAUGCUUUGAUGUGAAAUAA